UGAGUUUUAAUAUCAAACGUUUGCUACGUUCAGAAGCAGACAGUGCCAUCUCGUGAAAUGUAGUCUACUUAAGAAAAAAUACAGACGAAAAGCACUGAAACGGAGAAGAUAUGAGUGACACAGAGGAUAUCCAAGUGAGUUUUUGUGAAAAUUUUGAUGAGGAACCAAAAGAAACUGCCGCAGAGGUUGAAGAUGAAACGCAGAAAGAAGAUACUCAAAACAGUUUCAUAAAGAGACUGAAAUCCACCUGGCAAGCUAUUUUGAUUGGGAUUUUGCUCUUGCUUUUUUUUGGUGAGACUGUCGUCCUAUUUAGUCAGAUAAGUAAACAGCAAAGUCUGAGAGCGGAAUUACAACAUAUGGAAGAGGAGAUAUUCACUGCAUGGAAUAAUACCAAGCAGUUUAAAAUAGAAAACGAUCAGCUGAAGCAACUUCUUAACUCUACUUACAUAAACUUCACUCUCGUGGAAAAUGAGUAUGACCAAAUGAAGCUGCUCAUAAAUGCAACAGUGUACAAUUUCACCGUGUCUGCUGAAAACACACGGCCGAGUCUGCUCUUGAAGACCAUAUUGCAAGAAAAAACACAGUUAGAAGUGGAGAACAAAGAGCUUAACAUGUUUCUAAAUUCAACCCUGAACAACUUGACAUUGUUGUCUGCUGAAAAUACGCAGCUGAGCCUGCUCUUGAAGGACACAUCUCAAGAGAAAACACAGCUGAGCCUGCUCUUGAACAGCACACUGCAAAAAAAAGCACAGCUAAGUUUGCUCUUGAACAACACAUUGCAAGACAAAGCACAGUUAAAAGUGGAGAACAAAGAGCUUAAUAUGUUUCUAAAUUCAACUCUGAACAAUGUUACAUUGUUGUCUGCUGAAAAUUCAUGGAUGAGCCUGCUCUUGAACAGCACACUGCAAGAAAAAACACAUUUGGAAGCGGAGAACAAUAAACUUAACAUAUUUCUGAAUUCAAGUCUGUACAACUUUACCUUGUUGUCUGCUGAAAAAACACAGCUGAGUCUGCUCUUGAAAAACACAUUUCAAGAGAAAACACAUUUAGAAGUGGAGAACAAAGACCUUAAAAUGUUUCUAAAUUCAACUCUAUACAACUUAACCUUGUUGUCUUUGGAAAAUUCACAGUUGAGCCUGCUCUUGAAGGACACAUCACAAGAAAAAACACAGCUGAGCCUGCUCUUGGACAACACACUGCGGGAAAAAACACAGUUAAGCUCGCUCUUGAACAAUACAUUGCAAGACAAGAUCCAGAUGGAAGUGGAGAACAAAGAGCUUAACACAUUUCUAAAUUCAGUUCUGUACAACCUCACCUUGUCGUCUGCUGAAAAUACACAGCUGAACCAGGUCUUGAACAGCACACUGCAAGAAAAGACAGAGUUGGUAGAGGAGAACAAAGAGCUUAACAUGUUUCUGAAUUCAAGUCUGUACAACCUUAUGUUGUUGUCUUCAGAAAAUUCACAGUUGAGUCUGCUCUUGAAGGACACAUCACAAGAAAAAACACAGCUGAAUCAGCUCUUGAACAGCACACUGCAAGAAAAGACAGAGUUGGAAGUGGAUAACAAAGAGCUCAGUGUUUUUCUAAAUUCAACUCUGUACAACAUUACCUUAUUGUUGGCUAAAAAUUCACGACUGAGCCUACUUUUGAAGGACACACUGCAAGAAAAGACACAGUUGGUAGAGGAAAACAAAGAGCUUAACAUGUUUCUGAAUUCAAGUCUGUACAACCUUACACUGUUGUCUUCGGAAAACUCACAGCUGAGUCUGCUCUUAAAGGACACGUCACAAGAAAAAACACAGCUGAGCCUGCUCUUGGACAACACAAUUCAAGAGAAGACAGAGUUGGGAUUGCAGAACAAAAAGCUUAACAUGUUUCUAAAUUCAACUCUGGAAAACUGUAACCUUUUGGAAGAGGAGAACAGACAGCUGAACCUGCUCCUGAAUGAAUCACAGCACCUCAUCACCUUGAAGUCUGCAGAGAGCAAGCAGUUGAGCCUGCUUUUAGACAAUGAACGGCAAAAAUCCAUGCAGCUGGAAGCAGAAAAUCAACACCAGCGUUCAAUCCUGUUCUCUGACAAACUCUCCUUCCUCUGGAGAUUCUGCAACAAGACAACACUGGGGUGUUCACGCUGCUUGCCUGGCUGGACUGAGCACGCUUCACGCUGCUUCUUCCUGUCCAAAGAGGCAAAGACGUGGGAGGCUGCUCGCAGCGACUGUCAUGAGUUGGGAGGUGACCUGGCUGUUGUUCUGAAUGCUGAAGACCAGGCAUUCUUGACCAACAUGACUGUAGAGUUUGUACAGCACCACCCUGAAGAAAACUUCCAUUCAGCAUGGAUUGGGUUGCAGGACAUGGUCAGGGAAGGCACCUUCAUCUGGAUCAAUGGCGACAGAGUCAAGUCAGAUGUCAUUUACUGGAGGCACAUGGAGCCAAAUAAUGCUAUGGCCUCUUGGGACAAAGACCAGGCAGGACAGGACUGCGUGGCAAUUGUCCCACCAGGAGAAGUUGGGAAUAAAGACUGGCUAAACUCCUGGGAUGACAUUGUUUGUGGUGGUGCGCGGCACUACCUGUGUGAGACCUUGGCUCUCGGUUUGUCCUGACUGACAGAGCUGAGAUGAUGAACGCUGGACUCAUCACAAAUAAUCUGUUUAAGUGUAAAUGUAUUGAUUUACAAAUAUGAACAAUGCUGCUGAAAUUCUAUGUUUAAGCUAAUUCUAGGUGUAAUUCUAAAAUAUGUUUUAGAAUUCAUUUGAAGCAACUUGAAGCAAUAUUCAAGGUUCAUUUAAUUGUCCAGACAUGGCAAAAGACUCAGACUUGUAGAUUGAAUGAGGAUACAAAACUCUGACUAAUACAGGUUAAGGUCGUACAGCACCUCCAAUAUGAACUGAUGUCAUCAGUUUUAAAGAUUGUCAGGAUGUGGGGAAAAGCGACAUCAAACUCGCAACCCCAAAUAGGUUAAAUCUGCCCCUGAUCAUUUUACAUAUGUACAUAAAUUGAUGGCCAAAACAUUUUGGGUUACAAUGAUAUAAUUCAUAACAAGACUAUGUUAUUAUUGUUUGACACUGAUUUAAGUGUAAACUGAUUAUCUCCACCUUUAUUGCGGCAAGAUAUUGGACUUUUUUUUAGUCACGUAUUGUAUAUUAAACCAGAUGUUUAACCUCUUUGUCAUA